CCAAUGAAAUCGUUGUAAUCAUGAGACAACUACGAGGGUCAUUUAAUGCUCACCGCGGAAAAAUAUUUAGUUGAAAGGAAGAUUUUAGAUAGACAAGCUGUGUAAUUGUUUUGAUGCGGAUAUUUUAAAUUUCAUAUUAUUUAUUUUAAAGGAAAUUAAAUCUCUAAAAUGACUCAAGUUCAUGUGAGUAAAGAGAUUUUGGGUCGGUAUAUGGAUUUGGAGGAGAGGGGAAGAGUCAUGUGCGAAUAUCUAUGGAUAGAUGGCACUGGUGAAGGAAUUAGAAGUAAAUGUCGUACCAUGGAAUUUGAACCGAAGGAACCCAAAGAAUGUCCCAUGUGGAACUAUGAUGGUUCAAGUACUUACCAAGCUGAAGGCUCAAAUUCAGACAUGUACCUAAACCCUGUGGCAAUUUUCAAAGAUCCUUUUAGAAGGGGACCACACAAAUUAGUUUUGUGCGAUGUACUCAAGUAUAACAAAAAACCUGCAGAAAGUAACAAAAGAAAUACCUGUGCUAUGGUUAUGGAACAAGCCAAAGAUACGCAUCCAUGGUUUGGUAUUGAGCAAGAAUAUACAUUAUUAGAUGUUGACGGACAUCCAUAUGGCUGGCCUAAAAAUGGAUUUCCUGGUCCACAAGGUCCUUACUACUGUGGUGUUGGUGCCAAUAAAGUGUAUGGUCGUGACGUUGUUGAGGCACAUUACAGAGCCUGUCUUUAUGCUGGCGUAAAGAUAGCAGGAUGUAAUGCUGAAGUCAUGCCGGCCCAGUGGGAGUUCCAGGUCGGACCAUGUGAGGGCAUUGAUAUGGGAGACCAUUUGUGGGUAGCAAGAUAUUUGUUGCACCGUGUGGCUGAAGAAUUUGGUGUUGUUGUCACUUUAGACCCAAAACCAAUUGAAGGAGACUGGAAUGGUGCUGGUGCUCAUUGUAAUUACAGUACUCAAGCAAUGAGAGAUCCUGAUGGAAUUAAGACCAUUGAGGAUGCAAUUGAACGUCUUUCUAAACAUCAUGUACGUCACAUUAAAGCUUAUGACCCUAAAGAAGGCAAAGAUAAUGAACGCCGUCUGACAGGUUUCCACGAAACCUCGAGUAUACAUGACUUUUCUGCUGGUGUAGCAAAUCGGGGUGCAAGUAUAAGAAUUCCACGUCAAGUAGCGGAGGAAGGAUGUGGAUAUUUGGAAGAUAGACGUCCAUCAUCAAAUUGUGAUCCAUAUGCCGUUACAGAAGUUAUUGUUCGGACUACUGUUUUAGAUGACUAGAUUAUAAAAUUGAACAUUACACAUUUGGGGUACAUCACUUUAUAAAAUUCAUGUGUUCAUUAAAUCGUUACAUUAUUUGAGUUACAGACAUUUAGUUGUAUAUUUAAAAUCGUCCACUGUACCUGAACAUAUUUUCUAUAUGAUUGUAUAUUUUGAUAGAGUGGGAUUAUAGAAUGUCGAAAGUUACCAAUAGUGAAAUAUACAAACAUGUACCUAUUCAAAUUAUCCACUACUAAUCAUUAGUUAAAAUGAAAUCAGUCUUCAACUUCUUGGAAUAUUAACUGAUGGAUAUAGAGAAUGGAAUAUGUGCAGUAUUGAUUUUGAUGUAGAGAGAAUACACCUUUUUCGAAAUUAUUGUUCAGCCAUUCUUUUAUAUAUAUGUGCGUAAUGUUCAAUAAUUUAUGAAUUAAUGAUUUUUGGUACAGGAUGUUGCCAGUAAGAUCUAGAUACAUGAAGAAUCAUUACUCUCCUUGUGCAUUCUAGAUAGAAUCAUUACUGUAGAAUCAUUACUCUCCUUGUACAUUCUAGAUAGAAUCAUUACUCUCCUAAUGUACAGAUAAAUAAAUAAGUUUUCAUAACCACAGUAAACAGAUCAAUAUCCAGAAAAGUUCAUCUUGUAAAACUUGGUUCAUUGUUCCUUUCACAAAUUUGAUCUUAUAUUUCUAUUUGACCUUCAAAAAUCAUUAUAUGGGACACUUAACAGUUCAUGUGGACUUUGUCCAACCUUUAUGUGGAUUUUAUCAUGGUUUAUAUCUGCUCAAUAUAAAAUUAACUUAACAAGUAUUGUAUGUGGAAGUUGUAUGGUGAUAGAAAAGAAAUUACAUGAUCACUAAAGGUGGACACAGGGUACUUUAUUCAAAUUUUGACCAAUCCAUGUCUGUACCAUUGAUGGGUGUGAAUGACAAAACCAUGCUGUCCAGUAUUUUUCCUUUACAAUUGAGUAAUCGACCUACUUUUAGGUGACCUUGUUUAUCUAUUAAAUUUGAUGGAUGUAUUGUUUCUCUUUGCCUAAGGGAAGACCUGUAUUAAAAAUGUGAAGGAUUUAUGAUUGACAAUAAUAUAUUGAAGACAGUUCAAGAAGUAGGACACUCGAAUUGUAUUUGUAAAUAACAGAAAUCCUUGUAUGUGUACCUGCCACUAAACUGUGUAGCAAAACAUUGUAAUAUUUAAAUGUUGAUAAAUAGUAUUUUUAUUACUGUAUUACAGCAGAAGAUUGUGAUAAAUUGAAUCUCUAUGAAAAUGUUAAUAAAAUAUUUUAAAACAAAGAA